AUGUCUACUACCACUGCUGUGAGACAGAGUCUAAGAGCAAUUCCAACCCAGUUGCGGUACACUCGACCGUUUCAAGGCUCGGGUGGCUGCCUCUACCAUAUCACUGACGUCCAGGCUUUGGUGGGCGCGGUGCAUACGGACUUUUACGACAAAGCUCGGGAGCGUAUGUUUGCUAGAGCUCCUGAGCUGAUACACUUCAUGCCAGCGAUGCGACCGGGGGAGUUGGGAUUGGUCUCUCAUCACUUUGCCAAGAUGGGCUACAGACAGGAAAGUUUCUGGAAAGAAGUCUCUCGUGUGGUUUUGGAGUAUGGCAUGGUAGACCCUGUGGCGUGGGAUGUUGCUUGUGUUGUAAACGCCUUCGCGACUAUCGACUACUAUGAUGAGAAAUGCAUACUAUUCCUAGCAGAUCAGCUGCUCACUGUGGUUGGCACUAUAGACCAUAUCACAAUAUCAGUGCUGUUGCAUGGCUUGGGCAGGCUCAACGAGCCCAGGAAAGUUGGAGAGCACCGAGGGAGAGCAUCAACCCGGCUGCCCAAGAAGGCGCUUGACGCCUUCCUCGAUACGUGUGGAGAUUGGAUAUUGGCUAACCGUCGCGAGCUGAGGGUGUGUGCUAUGGGACAGUCCAUGCAGGGCUUUGCAAAGUUGAAGUAUUAUAGAGAAGACCUUUUUACGGCGCUAGUCGCGGGAGUUCGCGAGAUGGCGAGCGACUUCAACUUGUCUCAGCUGUCUAUGGUCAUCAAUGCUAUGGCAAGGAGUCUUACGCAUGACUGGGACGCUGAGGAAGCGAUAUGUCUAAGGCUUGAGACUAUCUUGUCUGAGAUGAACGAGUCCGAGUUGCCCGAAGUAUCCAAUUUUAUUGCGGGAAUUCUCACUGCGUUCCUGAGAUUGGAAGCGGACUGCCACCAGACGUUGGAGGAGAGCAUAUUGCGGCAUCUACCUCGCUUUAUGCCUCUGUUGAGCAUGACUGAUAUCGUGCUCACAGUGCCGUCUCUGGCACGGCUGGUUCAAGUGGUCCCCCAUAAGGAGUUCCUAGAGGCAAUAUUCAAUGGCAGAUGCAGAGAGUAUAUCGCUAGCUAUGAGAAGGAAGGAUUGGGUGGGAUAAUGCUCACGGCACAGCGGCUUGGGUUUACAUAUGAUGUUGGGUGGUGGGAAGAAGCAGUUGAGCAAGCAAUUGCGAAGAUAAAUGGGGUCCAGUGGAAGGGUCUAACGACUGCAUCUGUGGUCUAUGCUGUCGCUAGACUGGGAGUGACAUCUGAGAACUCUAACGUUUCCACUGAAGUCCUCACACAAUUCAAGAGCAUGAGGAAGAGGCUUUUCGAGGGCGUCAGUUCAGCGCUGCCCAGGCAAAUCGUUGAUUGGCAUCCUAGGGCAGUGACGACGCUAUUAACGGCAUGUGUGAAGACAGAUCAUUGCGAUCCUGAGCUCGCACGAGCACUGUUUGAUCGGGCCCAUGCAACACUGCACCAGUACAACGCUAAAGAUAUAUCCCAGUUGAUUUCGGCGAUGGGAGUAUUCGAAGUGGCUCACGCAAAUCUCAUCCGCGCCAUAGAAGAGCGCUUUGAGACGAGAGCCUUGGUGAUGGACCCGGGCCUCGCAGCUGUGUUCCAGACGGCCUACUCGAGACUAGGUAGAGAGUGGGUGUUUCUGCAUCGAAGGAGGUGACAUGAGUUUC